UUCUCUCCAUCACAAAAAUAUUAUCAGUCAAAGAAAAGGAAUGGGUGACCUCCACUCAAUUGCUUAUAACAGCAAUCUCCAUAACUUCUCUUCCCUAGGUUGUGACUUCCAUGGCCUUGAAGUUUUCAACAAUGACAUUUCUCCAUUUAUGGAGAGCACUCCACCAUUUUUGUCAAAUCUUGAUUCUGACUUCUCAAGUGGAUAUCUACAAGAUGCUUUAUUCAAAUUCAACUCUAAAAGAAGGCGUUUGUUAUUGUUUGAUGAUGAUGAGAAGGAGAAUUAUCAAACUAAAGAUUCAAACAAUUCCAUUGAGAAUUUGUGGAGUUCCACAAUGGACAACCAUUUCUCUGAGGAUUAUGAUUCCUUUAGCCAGAUAACUAAGUGUGAUAGCUUUUCAGGGGAUCCUAUGAGCAAAAUGAGUGAGGAAUAUUCCAAAAGGACAGAGGAGGAAGCCAUAUCUGAAACUUAUUAUUCUUCUUCAUCAGCAUCAUCAUCUCAUCAUAAGAAUACUCAAUCCAAUUCUCAUAAACAAGUCCUACAAUAUGGAGGAGGUGAUAAAAAAAGAUGCAAGAAAAGGAUGGCUGGAAAAAUUGUGUAUCCAUUUGGGCUAGUGAAGCCAGGAGGGCAAGAAGGGGACGUGACAUUAAACGACAUCAACGAGAGGAUUCUGAUGAGGCCGACCCGGCCCGUAAGGCAUCCGGUCGGGGACUUCGCCUGUCGCCCGACCGUAUCUGCUACCGGGCCGGGGUUGUCCGGCAAGACGGUGGUGGCGCUCACUAAAAUUCAUACCCAAGGGAGAGGGACAAUUACAAUUAUAAGGACUCGAGAAUGAGCACAAGAGAAAACCUAGCUAGGGUUAGCUUUUAAUUCUUCUUUAAGAAAAAGAAGGGAAAAUCGAGAAGAGGAGUAGGAUAGAAAUAUGUAAUUUUAUUUUAUUUUUUCUCUUUUUGAUGAAAUAGGCUUGUAAAUAGGAAGGAAUGGUCAAUAUAUCUUUGACAGCUCAGAUAGAGAGACAUCGUAUCGUUCUUGUGACAUUCUAUGGUUAUAAGUAAUCUCGAAGAGAAUAUGUAGUUAUUUAAUGACAAGGUGGUUGAUAUUGGUACUUUGUUUUGUGGGUAAAAAGCAAAAUUAUUGGGUGAAAAUGUAUAGAUAUGGAGGUUAGAGAAUCCACAGAGUUAUGAUUGUUACUGAAAAUUAGAAUGAGAUAUGUUCUGCUUUAAA